AUUAGAGUGAAAGUGCUGCCGAGUGCUCUAACCUCUUUCGAAAUAGAGCACUCAAACUGUUUCUGCCAGAUUUGCAAGCCGUACGAAGCUCUAACGCAAUGAAACCUUUCACCUGUAUUUUGUUCAGCCUUUUGUGGUCUUGCUGUGCCGCAGAUGUCUACUUGCACAAUCCUCGAGGAACGAACAAUCGUUUAAACGAGAGGUCCGCAGAAAGAAGGAAUGCUAACAGGCUGUUUGAUUCACAGGUAAUCAGUUUAUAUUCAUAGUGUUUUCGCUCUCCUUACGUUUAAAGGACCGUAAUCUUGUAAAUUAUGUUUUUCAUGGUUCAUCAUGUGGACAUGAAUUAUGGAAAUAUCCGAGGCGAUGCUGUUGUUGAUCGAUCGUUGCUCCGUUUCCAAAACAUCUCGUAAGAGUUUGCAUUUCGUUUUCCCACUAGCGCCCCCCAAAAAGUUCAUUUGGCUGAUCAGAGUGCUUUCUGUAAACUUGAAUCUUUUGACAGUUUUUGUAUCUCAUUUCCUAAAUUAUGUGUCUAUUCAUAGUCAAUUUACCGUCGAAACGAAUGAUGCAUAAAUUAAAACAAACUUUUCAGAAUAAAGGAAAGUUUCACCAAAGUUUUUAACAAAAAUAAAAUGAAAUAUAAUAAAAUAAAAAAUAACUAAAUAACUAAAUAAUAAUAAUAAUAAUAAUAAUAAUAAUAAUAAUAACAACAACAACAACACCAUCAUGUGGGACAUGCCAGUCAGUACUGAUAGAACUAUAACAGCGAACAGACCAGAUAUCAUCGUUAAAGAUUCAGUGAAUUCCACCUGCAAACUUAUUGAUAUGACUGUUCCAUCAGAUAGAAACAUCGCACUGAAGGAAACUGAAAAAAAUGCAAGUGCAGAGACCUAGAACUAGAAAUACAGAGAAUGUGGCAUAUGAAAACCGUAGUGAUCCCUGUGGUUGGUGGUGCUUGGUACAGUGAUGAAGGGUAUGGUAGAAAACAUCAAGAAAGUAUCAGAGAGAGCUGCUAUGACAGAGAUUCAAAAGAUCUGCAUGCUGGGAUCUGCACGAAUCCUCAGAAAGUUGCUCAGUGUAUGAACAGAGUGAUUGACUUGAGUGACUGACGCUCUAGGUGCAUGGUUUGUGCCCGGCUGAUGCACAAAAAGAACACCAGCACAGACUGUGAUAAUAGAGACAAUAAUAAUAAUAAUAAUAAUAAUAAUAAUAAUAAUAAUAAUAAUAAUAAUAAUAAUAGUAAUCUACUUACAUUUUGGGCAAGAUUUGGCCUCACAGUGUAUGUUGAGGUCAGGAGAGGGGGCCACAUCAAGGAAAUGACUCAGGGACAUCAGAGGGAAUACCUGCGUAGAUGAAGUAAGCUGCCUUUAGCCAUGACAAAAACAGCCUGCAUUUUCACGCAAUGUUACCAACCCUGUCAUCCUUCAUGAACUUUCCAGAGGAUACUGCACUCCGCUUAGCAUGUUAACAGACAAAAACAGUGGGCAAACAAUGCAUUUUGGCAAUUAUUGCACUAACAUCUAGUAGCUGGUUUUGCUGCCAUGUUUCAGUGCUGUUGUUAUGCUGCCAAAGACAGUUAAUUUGAAUAAAUGUUAUGUCAAACCAACGCCACCCCACCAAGGUAGGUGGGUUAACCCACCAUGAAAUGUUUAAAUGUCAAUUCAAAAUGUGACUCUGGCUCAGAGGGUUACCCGUAUGAUAUGGCAGACCAGGUAACCAAGAUGCCAGGAAACCUAUACGUGUGACCAAGAUUAAAAUGAAAGAUUGUGAACAGUGGGCUUCCCGGCUUUACCCAUGGUCCUCCACCACAGAAUUUAAUAUAUGUAAACAGGCCAAUCGUGCGCACAUUUUUGCAAAUUCCCAUGACAUGUUGCUCUUAAAGUUUGACUUGUUGAAUAGUUUAACUGGUACCUUAUGGGCCUGGCAUGGGACACAAUGUUGCAGGAUGCCAUGUACAUGUACUUUGUACCUUCAAGUGUAUUGUUGUGCAGUUUGUAUCUGCUAUGGAAUCAACAGCAGAGCCAAUCAGAGACAUGCAACAGCAACAGUUCGUUGCAUUUGAGCAUUAAGGGAGACAAUUAACAAAAACAAUGUACCUCAAAUGCACUGACAUUGCGAUUUUGUCCCCAAACAACAGGUGGGGAUCCACACCGGUUCCCACCAUUUUAUGAAAUUCAGUCAGAUUUUUAAUAAGUAAAUAUAUUUUAAUAAAAAUAAAACUUUCCAAGUUGAAAUCUGGCCAAUAUCCUUUCUGAAUGACUCAUAAACCCAGGGAAGGACUUUGGGGAGUUAAAAUCCAGCAUGCGGUUUGCCCUGGAUCAAACCUCCCUAGAAGCUUGCGCCUUCAAUGCUCAUUUAAGAAAUUGGUCCGUAUUCAUCCUGGAUCCUUGCCUGUGUUUUUCUUGUUGCUGCAUUUCCCUGCUAGACAUUCCAGUGACUGUUUUCCCUUUCCCCAAGGGGGAAACAUAACACUUACUCACUGAUUUAUGAUGUAGAUAUGUUGGUCAGACGUGUUUGUCCAUAUUAAUUUUAUUACAUAUAUAUGUAAGUUGUUAUCUACUGGAACUCUUCCAGGGUAUGUGGUAAUAAACCAAUGCUGGAGAUUAAGGCAAUGUGCUUUAAUAAUUGUGAUAAUACAUGUCUAUCAUUAUGACUUAUUCAUGUUAAUUGUCAUGUCAUAUCUUAGCUCAUCAGGGAUGAAUUCUUCAAGGUCAGGGAAAAGUAAGGGAAUUUCCCUUCAAGUUAGGGAUAGCCUGUUCCGAGACAGUGGUGAAAAGUCGUUCAGUAAAAAGAAAUGCAAAAAACACGCGGGGGCUCUCUCACUUUUCUCGCUGCCACCGCCCCCUUUCCCAGGUCGUGCGCGUCUUAUUUUCGCUUUGCUUGUUUUAAUACGUCCGCACUGUACUAUCUGAGAGCCUGGCACAGGCUAAGUUAGGGAAAAUUGAAGUCUUUGGAAGGAUUAGUCAGGGAGAAAUGAAAUUUUAAGAGUACAUAUAUUUAUUCUUUUCCCUCUUCCUUAAAUUGUUCCUAACAUUUAAAAGUCUCUUUUGCCUUUUACAGACAUGAAUCAUGUUGUAUUGGUAGAAUAUAUAAUUGUUCAUGAAAUUGAACAAGUUGUUAAUGAACUACAUUUGUAUCAAUUUUUGCAAACUGCACCUGAAUUGCUGAAAGCAUAAUGAAUGGGUGGAUAGAAUGGCUUUGAAGGGGAGCAUUGUCUCCAUUACCAGGAGUAGUUUUUUAAAUUUGUUUAUUCCAUUGGUCAGGGAAAUUUUACAUUUGUCAGGAAAAGGUCGGGGAAAAGUCAAGGAGUUUCAGAAACCUCUGGCUGUGGCAACCAAAUGCAUGUUAACAUUGCACACAAGCGGGACAUUGUUGUAGUCAGCCAUGUUGAAUUUUGUUGAAUUUGAGUAAACAAGGAAGAUUGGUAUCUAGACUCUUCAACAUCAUAAUACUCAUCCUCAUCAUCAUUAUCAGUGCCUACAAAAUGGAUUUACAUGUAUUACCCAAUUAUUAUUAGUAGUAUACCUAUUAUCUAUUUAGAUGAGGCUAGUUUGUCUUUAUUUUCUCAUUCUCUUUCAUUUUCUUUUUCAGAAUAACAACCGUGGUGGGUACAAUGUUGGAGACAAAACUGACAAACCAGCCACCACUGCUGCUAAUCAAUUUAAUAUGGUACGUGCAUGUAGUACAGUGUUGCCUAUAAUAUGUAAUUUUAUUGUUUUAUUCUUCAUUUACAAAGUUGGUUCUUAUUUCCAUGCAGCUCCUGCAUGUACAAUCAUUAACUUUAGAAAGAAACUUUUUUGUGGCAAUAAAUUUCUUGCAAGAAUGCAACUCCUUGCCUUUUUCCAUGCUUCGAUCAUGUAAGCUGUACCUCAAGCAUUAAAAUAAAUCAUUAAAUAAAUAAAUAGAUAAAUAAAUAAAAACUAAAACAAACAAACGAUAGGAAAGCAAUACAUGUACCUGUAAACGGCAAUAGAUAGGCAGUUUCCCUCAAAAGGAUUUGAGGAAAGACUAUAAUUUUGUGAUUAGUAGGAUAGGAAAAGCAGGAGCAGGACUAUGCAUGUCAACAUUUGGAAUAAAAUGAAUGAAAUAAUUUUUUGUAAUUUAAUUUUACUAGACAUGUACUUCUGAGCCUGCCUGUGUUGCUGUUGAUCUGUUUAGUAUGUCCAUUACAUAAGAGCAAGCAUACAGGUAGCUAGCCCUUCUUGUAUAAAAAAAUGGAUUAUACAGUAUCCAGUAUAGCUCAAUUUGGCUUUUUUAACUCUUCUGAACCGUAAAUACUUUGCAGAAAUUUUUCCAAAGUGGAUUCAAAGGAGGCAAAUCAUUCCUUACGUUCGAGUGGACCAAUCAGCACGGAUCUGGUGGAGUUGAUGACACGAACCCUCAUAAGAUGAACAGUAACAUUGUUUUACAGUUCAAGUGUCAGUCAGAUCCUGGAAAGGUCCAGACUCUCGAAACGUUGCGCAAUGGUAUAAAUACAAACACGCCCAAGUUCACUGCGUCCAGGAAGGCAGAUGAGACAGAAAAUGAGUACAAAGCACGCAAGGCUAAAGAUAUGGACCAGAAUAGAGGCAUGCAUGAAUCUUGGGAGUGGUAUGAUAAGUGCAGACGGAGGGAGAGGAAUCAGGGUGAGAAUCUCGAACUUAACUCUUGCGGUAGCCUACGCUACAGACGGAACUUAACUUCUGGUUAAACCCGUCUACGAGCUGGUGUUGAAAUCUUCUUUCUGGGCCCCCAGCUGUGUACAAUGUACCAGGAUUAGAGUACUUGCUAUGAUUGGCCGGUUAAAACUACCACUGUCGAUUUGCCAAGCAGGUUGAAGGGAAAUUUGAAAGGCAUUUCCGGUAAUUUAUAACUCGUUGGGUCCGUUGUUUACUAUGUACCAGAAGAAGAGUUAGAUUACGUUACUCUCCGACGCCUGCUAUUCUUGGGGUAGCUUAGGGGAAAAUUCGUUUAUACCACAGCAUGCGUUCAGUGCUCAUGUAUCCAGCAAUAGGUUAUUAGCCUUUUCUAUGCUAUAAGAUAGUAAAAACACCUUCGCCCUAUUUUCGCACGACCUUGUUUUCGCGACUUUCCGACCUUCUAAGAGCCUGACACAGACUACCAACUAAAUGCCCCCCAAGUAGGCUGCGUAGCACGCGCUUGGAAGUAACGGCAUAGGAAAGAACGGGGCGCGAGAGAGAUACACGCGUGUUUCCCUCGCGCGCCCGUUCUUUCUUGCGCCCAUUACUUCCAAGCUACCGCUACGCAGGCUACCCCGCAAGCAAGCUAAGGUCAGUCUAUUUGGGUUGAGUUACUGAGGGUCCCUGCUCCAUCCAUUUUCAUUGUGGCCCCUCCCUCCUAGCCUGGCCUGCGGACACUGACAAACGUAUUUCAAGUCGGUCGCUUCUCUCCACUCUUUUUGGGUCGAGAGAAGCGACGACCGGAAAUACGUCUGUGUCCGCAGGCUACUCCCCUCCUGGAGGUCUAAACGUACGUAGUGUGACGAGGAAAAUGGUACAACUUGUUGUCGGUUAUUCUUCUAAAAGUGAGAAAAAUUGAAUACCUUGUCAGAAUUUUUUCAUUUUUCAAGAAAAUUCUUGCUGAAAAGAGCCGUUCCGGCGGUUUUUCCCUACAAAUGAAAAUGCUCGGGAUCUAAUCUGUUUUAAUCUUGCUUAUUUUCGUUACUAAGUUAAGUGUAAUCUUGACUUCGAAUAGGUCUGUUUACUGCUGAUCAAAAGCUUGCUGGGAAAGAGAGUAUCUUCACACGUCAGAAUCCCACAGGAACGCGGCGGGGAUAUGAGUGUCCAGAGGAGAGAGAUUAUUACCCAUACUGGCAUCCUACAGAUUGGAAGGAUAUUGCAGUGUUGACAAGUGAUGUUUCACGGUGUGAAUAUUACAAGAAACACAGCUUUAAUGUUGAGCCUAAAGGUUGGUCCUAUCUUGUAUCUUGUUGUAUGUAAUUUUUGGCGGGAUCUAAUUAUUACGAACUCCGCGGUUUUUUUGAUGUUCCGAAAAAGAAAAGGUGCAGUGAUUAAACCCGCGAAAAAUUGGCGCACGAAAAUUCACUCCCUUCCUGCACGUACAUGUACUUGUAUAUUUCUGGAAUAUAAUUUAACUUACAAGCUGCAUCUGUUAAUGCUUCGGACUCUCUAAUGGAUGUCACGGGUAAUGAGUUGCUCAGGGAAAAUUAAAGUUUUCAAAGCCAGGGAAAAAUCAGGGAAUCAGUGUUUUCAAUCAGGUUGAAUUUUUCUUAAAGGGAAAGUCAACUUGGGAACAUGGGAAACCAAAAUUAAUAAAGCACCUCCGAUUUAAUGUCAAUGAAGGCUGGAGGAAGCAUUUUAGGUCACAGCGCAUCGGCGGAUCCAAGCCUUCAGGUAACCGGGAGGUCUGCUUGUAAGAGUGACGUCCCCGCUCUUGGAAAUCAUUUGGGGCCAUUUAUACGAGGGAUAACAAUGGAUUGCUCUUCCUCAACGCUAACAUAAUGUACAAAAUGCAGUCUUAAUUACUUGCGGCAACCUCCUCUAACGGCCUGACCUCUAGACAACGGAGCCAGUUAGUCCAGGCGUUCCCUCCUCUCUCCCUCUUCCUGUCUUCCUCCUUAUUGUUUUUCCUCCCUCUGAUUUCUGAGCGCGCGUAAAAAUCGUCCCACGCGAGAAAGGCGAGACGGGGCGGGGAGAGAGAAAAACACGCGCUCGCGUUUCGCUCGCUCUACUACACCCGAGGAAAAAUGGGGACUAUUCGUUGUCUAUUAAUAAAUUGAAUUAAUUACAUGAAAAUGUCGGCGUCUGAAUCAAUUAGGAACGCCUGUUUCAAUUUGGAACGGCUCAGCCAUUCUUCCCACCUAGCUUAGCCCGGCCGGGAAUUUUGACUUUGGAUCGACUUUAGGAACGGCUUUGAUUCAGAUGCCGAACUUCUUAUGUAUCGAGCCUAAUUCAUAAAUUGUUAUAACGUUUUUUGUUAGCAGUUUAUCCGAAAAGAGCUUUUUUCUCCUUUUGUAUUUUGUUCGGCUGAAACUAAGAUCGGUGUGGGAAUCAAUUCAGCCGAUCUAAAUCAUUUGGGUUGGCCUCAAUUCCAACAAGGUUCGGCUCAUGAAAACUUCGGCGUCUGAACCGGGCCUUAGAGUGUUUUGCAAUAGUCAGAACUAGCUGACCAGUUCGUCAUUUUGAAAAUGACAUUUAGUAUUUUCUCGAAUUUUUACUGAAACCCAUCACUGCCGUGCUCACUAUUUAAGAAUAAACUGAGCUAGCUGGAUAGUCCUGGUUAAUAGUGGAAUUCUCCUUUGUAACCAAGAAAUUGCUUAAAAUACAUUCUCCCCAAACAGGAGAUGUGUCCCCACUUCUCCUCGUAAAAGACCUCCUGCAGCAGUUCGACUCUCGCAAGCGACCGUCUCCUGUAAGCGACCAGUAACUCUUUGCAUUUUGGGUUGUCGCUUACUCUCCGGGAUUUUCGAUUGUAUUUAAAUUGAGGAGGAUUCCUGACUAGAAAUUUUCUUUUGACCAACAGGGGAGUGUGUAGAGUAUUAUCCAAGCGGCGCGCGCAAGCACUGGUCGAGGCAUAAUAAUGCAAAAGAUUGCACAGAAAAUGGCGGGAAAUGGACGACAUUUACAAAUUUCCUGGACAAAGUAAAGCAAUACAAUACCAAACAAAACUGUCUCUCGCAAGGGGAUCGCUUUGUUUGGGCUAUUCCUCAUGGUGAUGAAAAGCCAAUGUGUUUAGCUAAAUUGGAUGAACCUUAUUGUGGCCAAGGUCCGUGGACAAGAGACAAUCACCUUGGUAACACACCCGAAGGUGUGGCACCAAACUUUACCUGGACGAUACCUUUGUUUCCUUCUGGUGAAGCUCAAAUAUGUAUCUUUAGAAUAAGGUUAGCACCCAAAACGGCUUCUUAAGCUGUAGGGGAUUAAAACGAAACAAAAGCAAAAACAGAAUCAAUGAUGCUUAAUAGUGUUCAUCGUUUUCAAACGCCUGGUUUUGUUGCAAGUCUAAGAAAAAUUCCAAAGAUCGCCCUUAAUUCCAUGUUGUGAGACAAUAAAAAAUUGGCUUGCUGUAUUCCCUCUCUUAAAUCCCGCCAGCUGCUGAAAAAACACACAGAAACUUUUAAAAGUCCUGCUGAUGAUGUUUCACUAAACCAUAGUUGGUAAAGGAGACUGGUUUAUGAAAGCCGGUAAACAAUAAAGUUGAAAUCAACGGUGCUGUAGUAUAUGUUGGAAGCUCCCUGACCUUGCACAAUCCUUUGUUUGUUGUUCCCAAAUUGUGACUGAAUAAAUUAAUGCGAUAUGAAUGCUAUUUAUUAUUGUCAGGUCCCAAAAAGCUAACAAAAACCUAUAACAAAGGAGUCUAACGGGUUUCAUAACCAUUCCACUUAAAUAACCAUGAAUAAACUGAAUGAUCACAUCACAGGAUUUCGUCUAUAGAUUCUGAAUUAGGUCAUCUUAUUAUCUAAUUAAGGUUUGUGUUACUCAAGAUUUUUACAAUGCGUAUUGCAUACGUGUACAUGCAUAAUUUCAAUGACUGUUACCCUUAUUUUAUAGAUAUAACAUAUCCACGGAUGACUAUGAUGGUUGGAAAACUAAUUCUUCUUAUAACAAUGAGUAAGUUAAUCGUUAUCAUAAAAUGUUAAUUUGUGCGCAUUUUACUGACUGGAAGGUGCUGCGUUCUUUUGUGUGGCGCUUGUAAGGCUAAAUUUAUAUGGAGAAAGUUGCCCCGGGAAACAGGGUCAGAUUCCCAUCCUAGUCAACUUAAGCGAGCGUUUAUAUGAGGAAAAAGAUUAUCACUUUAACCGAGCCAAGAGCUGAAAACAGCGCUCGUGCAUGCUCUGAUUGUCUUACCUUGACCGAAUUGACCCGGCUGGGUGUGCCGAAGUGUUUACAAGGAGAAAAGUUGGCCCGGCCAGGAGGGUGACCCGUCUAGUCCAGCAGCCACACCCAGAUUUUUAGCAUAACCUUGCAGGCACUUUCAUACAAAGUUUUUUCACAAAUAACUAUAGUACUAUGAAGGGUCUUUCAAAAUCCACCUGAUGAUACCUCGUUACCUUAGGGCAUCACGAGAUAUUAAGGGGUAAUUUCACUGAGGCAUGAACUGGAUGUAGGCUUCCUUUCUUAGGGUGCCCAAACAUAGUACGUUCGAAUAUACUCUAAAGGACCAUGUUGUCUGUUUAGAAUCCACUAAAAAAACAUUUUAUAGGAAAUCUUAUUUGAAAAGUUGUUAAAGCCGUGCAAAAUUAAGUACGGCUAACAACUACGUUCUUUGUGUGAUUCUUUUCAGGCUGAUUCAGCAGAAUCCUGCUGUUGACAUUGGUGGUUCAUCGCCUUUAAAACUAGCGAUAAAUACUGCACAGUUUGGCAGAACAUUUCAGGACAGAUCACACAUUAUAAGGCUCAGUUCGCGGCUAACAGAAUCUGUUCCUCAGGAGAAGAACAUCUUCAAUCUGAAUGUUCGUGGAAAGAGGGGAAACAUUGUGCAGGUCAGUUGCUGUUUAUCUGAAGGCUUUUAUUUUUUCUAAACCUUUAGAUGACAAAUUACAAAAAUAAACGUACAUUCAGCAAUUCUUUGAUGAGGCUGAGUAUUAUAAGGAGAAUUUGCAGUUCGAGGAGGUUUUUAUCCGCCGACAGCAAAGGUACUAUAGUGCCUCAUGUCAUAUCUUUUUCGAAUCCAGCACAGUGCAGUUGUAACUGUUUAGUAUUCUUUAAAAAUAUUUUGUUCUUCAAAAUAUACUUAUCUCGAUCCGUGUAUACCUCUCGUCUUUAUGCGCAGUUUUAGAAUGUGAAUGGGUGUUAAGCUUAGCAGAUAUUCCUCAUCCCCUACAUCCAGCGAGCGGAAUUGUUUUUACAGGUUUAGCUAUGAAUUUAAGGCAGUACUUCUUUCUCUCUUCUCUAGCUCUACACUGUCAAAAACUAAGAAACUGCGUCUUGCGUCCCCUUUUCUGUCGAUAACAAUUCGAUUGACGUUUAUGGAUUUUUUCUAAAAAAUAAUUUCCAAACGUUUUUACUUGAAAAAGUACCGCACUACCCUGGUGGUUUUGUACGCUGUAUGGGAUGGGCAAUGCAAGGAAGCGCUAGUGGGCGUAACAGCCGUGGGAAGAAUGGGGUGGAAACUCGCAGCUUCGCUUUUCAUUUACCCACUCGCGAAACAAAACCCCCAGCUACGCUGGCUGGCUAGCAGCGGACAACUUCUGUACAAGACAAGAUAAAAAAAGACAGUGUUUCUUUGGAGACUUCCACGUACGUAGUACAUCAACUUCAUUCAAAAAAUAGAAAAGCUCAUCUAUUGAAGGGGCAAACCUUCUUAGUUUAAAUCAAAUGAAUGCUGGUUUUUUCCCCUCAUCUGAAGCUCUAUAUGAGCGCUAGCAUGUGAAGAGGCUCUCUAGGACGAGUUGAAAGCUAGAAAGGCGAGCUUGUUGGAAAGGGAAAUCCCCGAAUCCUCCCUUUUUUCUGAAAGUUAGCUAGCUACAUGUAGUAGGUGUCAAUGAGAUUCCGGGGAGCCUAUUCACUAACUAGAUGAGCGCCCCUCUCCAGUCCCCUUACCUUCAGAUCUGGGUCCGCCACUGUGAUAUGGCUGAAGUGAUAAGAAAGAAAAAGGGUGUGUUGUUGACCCCUAACAUUGCCCCCUUGUCACGUGGUUGCAAAGAAAAAAUAAGAGCAAAACUGACAACGACAGAAUGACUGCACAGCUAACAAUUUGAUUAACAAUAAACGACUGUUUCACUGGCUAGAUGAGUGUCCCACCGCAAUCACCUUACCCACUGUGAUGGCUGAAGUGAUAAGAAGCCCGUUAUAAGACUUCAGCUGAACAAUCAUCUCAUGCUCAAAGCUGAGCAGUUUGCCUGGAGGACACUACAAGUCAAUUGUUAAUUAUUAUUGUACAAUCAAUUUUACGUUUGUUUUUAGGUUUAUCCUGCUGUGGAGUACGACUUUGUUCCCAACAAACUAACCUUGAAUAAAGAAACGGAUGUGCUACAUAUUCAGUGGGCAGGUACGAUAUUUAACCCCUAGAGUGUUCCAAACAUAUACUAAACGAACUGUCAUGUUGUUGCGUCGUCUUUGCUCAUUCUGCCAUGUAAAUAAAUAACAACUCUUAAACAGAACAACAGGAAUACAUGCAUAAACAACUAACAAGGGAUAACAGAAAACUUGCAUUAAAUUAUCGAGAGUCCUAAAAUCAUUACAUUAGCCUGAGAAAACAGCCGACAUUUGGCGACGCUACCACUGGUUUCCCCGCCAAAUGACGUCUUAGAAACGAGCGCUGAAGCGCUGAAAUUCCAUACUGAUGACGCGUCACUAACCCAGAUCUCGGUAGUGCUUCUGAUUGGUCGUGCUGUGUGUGAAAUUCGAUUCAACAAAUCAGAGGCACUACCGAGAUCUGGGUAGUGACGCGUCAUCAGUAUGGAAUUUCUGCGCUCGUUUCUCAGACGUCAUUUGGGGGGGAAACCAGUGGUAGCGUCGCCAAAUGUCGGCUGUUUUCUCAAGCUAUCAUUACAUUUACGUUGAGUUGUCGACUGGACAUGGACUGGAAACUUCAUCUUAAAGUCAUUGUCUGUUUGAAAGUCUUUUCGUUUGAAGUGACUGAAUUAUGAUCCUGUUGUUUGUUUGUUUGUUUGUUGUCAUAGGCUCUAACACUCAUAAUAACAACAGUCCCGCAGGUGAUGGGCAGGCUGGGGAUGCCGGCGAAGGGAAAGGUGGUAAGAAGGAAAGCUAAACUUGCUUUCAGAAUCAAAACUACAAAAUUUUCCUUCUUCUUCCGAAUAAUUCUUAAUUCAUUACCUUAAUUGUGUAGCUGCUGGUAGGACGAAACUUUUCAUUUUGCAAAACUGAAAAGAAAUGCUCAGGAGUGAAUCCAAUUCUGUACGUUUUAGAAUCCGCCGUUCGAAUAUACGUGGAGUUCAAGCACCCAGUGUGCCAUUUACGCCGGAAAAAAAAAAAAAAACAGAAAGAAAGAACAACAACAACGACCGUGUGGACGGGUCACCCAUUCCUAGGUAUUUCGAGAACGGACCUCUGGAGCCAGGUUAAUUUCAAGUCUCUAAUAACAAAAAAAAUGUGUUUCUCAGGAACUGAUAGGAACAACAUGGUGGAAACACGCAAUCCGUUAGAUAACUACCCGCUGCCAUGGGAGAUGUCUAAACUUUUUCGGGGAGCUAAGAUUAGUUGGACAAGCCUGGAAUUCAAGUCUCCCAAAGCUGAAGACAUUGCUGUUAGCUUGGCGACUGCAGGUAUGCAUUAUUUGUUAUUGUAUUUUGACCCCAAAUCAAGACAAUUUAGCAACGCUGUCGGCUUAUUUUGGCCUGGUUUUGUAUUGUUGGUCUGCAAGUUAUACGUCAGGAACAAGUGAAACAUUCCUCUGCGCUGGGAACUAAACUCCAUAUUGGAGCAAUUUUCGUAUGAUCUUGAAAUGAAAACGCGCGAACAAAACAACAAACGAAAGGAAACAGAGUGAUUUGAUUGGUUUAUCGAACUGAUACAAACGCGCGUGGCGUUUGGUUGGUUAAGCGAACGCACGGGUGAGAAAACUUCAUGCCCGAAGAACUUUCUAGAAAUCAAUAGGUGCUUCGCUUUGACGUCAUACUGCAACACGGUUGGCCAAUCGAACAAUGCCUUCUCCAUAUUAGGGUUUUCUUUGGCGGGAAAACCAAGAGUCCAUGUUUUGAUCUUUUCAUCCGUGACUGAUAAAACAAAUAACGAACACUCACCGAAAACAUUUUUGAAGGUCAUACGAAAAUCGCUGUACGCCUUGUCCGCGAAAACAUGUUUUAUGUUGUUGACCUCUAACAUGGUCCCCUUGUCACGUGGUUGCAAACCAAGAAUAAGCAGGUUGCAUGUGUGUUUCUUAGUCAUCUUUUAAAGUGGCUCCGUCACACUGUUUUCUAUCUCUUUCAAAAGCUAAAACUUUUUUCGCAUCAUUUCAAUUAAAAAAGAAUGGUCCAGUUUUGUCAUUUAAGACUUGAUAGUUUGGCUUUGAAACUGUUCGCGGUCGUCUGUUGCAACGGAUGGCAAGGAUGGAAGUAGACUGAGACUUGAAAAAGUUGGGCCAACUCACCAAAAAGUUAUGAUGGCUAUUGUUCCCUGGUGAAAUUUGUUUGAUAUUUUCUCCAUACCUCUACAGGAGCAUGGGUAUAGGGGAUCAAUUAAGGUUUCUGGGAAACUACCUACCUACCCCUCCCCUAAGCCAACAUUUUGCCCGAAGUGAGAAGUAUGUGAUAAUGUUGACUUAGGGGAGGGGUGGGUGGUCAGUUUCCCAGAAACCUAAAUUGAUCCAUAGGGGAAGACAUUAAGCAAUGACUUCAGCACAGAUUUGACCUCAAACAGCAAUAUCCACGUGACAUAACCCCUUCAACCUCCCCUCCCCUAACUCAACGUUAACACCAGGGAGCUUGAGCAACAAUGACGGCUACGGCUACAAAAACGUCAUUUAAAAGGUAUAUUCACGCUGCUUCAAACUUUAUCGCGUUAAUUCCAUCUUGUUUAAUUCGGCAAAUAUUGGCGAAUUUUUCUGGGGUUGAAUUCUAAAGGAGUGUAUCGGAGUUCAGAAAAAGAAAAAAGAAAAUUGUUGUCUUGUGUUGACGUCCUCCACAAAACGUGAAAAUAGGAAGUUUCACUUAGUAGUCGUGCAGUGACGGAAAAGAAAUGUACGAAAAAGCGUUAUUAGAGUCGUUGUUUUGCCAAUCUCAACCUAUUGCUUUUUUGCCGUUCUUGAUGCCGUGGCCGUUGUCGCUGCUUAAGAUCCCUACUAACUUCUCAACUAAGGCAAAAGGUGAGGUUAGGUGAGGGGAAAAGUAGGAAUAGUUUCCCAGAAUAUUAAGCCUCCGUUGCGGACUUCGAAAAGGAAAAAAAAGGAGAAAGAUUGGAGAGGGAAAUGGAUCCCUCCCUCUUUUCGGUUUCGCCCUUUUCUUCCCUUCCUCCUCCUUUUAGGCUACCACCAGGCGAGCGGAGCAGAGCCUCCUUCUGUCUUCUUGACAACCUCGUUCCCAGCGUCCUUUCUCUCUCGCCACGGGGGCCGAGUAGGAGAGGACCCUGGGAACGAGGUUGUCUUCUUGAGUGACAAGGAGAAAAAGAGGCUCUGCCUGAAUCGCAUCAAGACUUUCAAGUUGCCGCAGCCCAAACUUCUGGACUAGUCAAUCUUCUUUUCUCUUGUCAAACUUUGUUUUCCCGAGCGCGAGCAUCCGUUUAUGGAUAGAACAAUGGUCUUAACGGAGCCUUGCACCAAGCGCACUGCUAUUACGCCUGGAUUCGAAACUGUAUCCUAGCAACAGACAGCGCAUGCUCAACAAAGAUCUUACUCGAUUCAUGCAUAGUCUUUCUUAAGCAACGACGAUUUUGAGCGAUGCACGUCAACCGGAAGUGGCCUUACAAAAGUGGCAAUACAAAUUUUAUAUCCUCAAGGCGUAUUAACAGGAAAAAAGCAUUACUUCCGGUUGACGUCCGUCGCUCAAAAACGCCUUUGCUUAAGCUCCCUAAUAAUCAAGCAAGCGAAAGAAAGGCUCUGUUGGCAGGUUGAUAGGUUACAGAAUCUUGUACUAAUCCCAGUUCCUUUUUUUCUUCAUUUUCAAGGAUAUUACAGCUGUUUGCGCAAGAGCACUUGUAAUAAAGAUUCUGUGGAAGCAAAGACAACAAAAAUGGACUCACUUUUGAACAAUGCACCAGCAUCAUUUGGUGGCAUGAUUCUAGAGUUCAGUAAUACAGGAUGUUUUUACUACAUAUGCUCAAGAAAUAACAAUUUUUCAAAUAGAAGUCAAAAGGGAGUAAUUUGUAUUAAGUAAUUGAGAUGUCCGAAUGCUUUGUAACUAAGUGAGAUUGAAUUUAAAAGAAAAAAAUUUUAAUUUAACGCUUUUUGGUAAUGUUACAUAUGAAAAUGCAGAAAUUCAUUUUUUUUAAAAAUAGAAAAUUAUUAUCAAUGUAGAGAUGCACUUUUAGAACGAUUUUGUACUUAAUUCAGUUGAACCCCUCCACAACGGCGUUCACCUUGACAGAAAAAAGUGGCCGUUGAAGAGAGGUUUAAACAAGAGUCAAUCAAUGGGUUGCCUGCGUUGCAGACGCUCUAAACCUUCUGUAUAUUAUAUUAAGACGAGUGAGUGGGCCGAGUGCAAAGCAGGCUAUGAAUGGACUGUCCGCCAAAAAUAGUGGCCGUUGCGGAAAGGUGGCCGUUAGUGGAGGGUCGACUGUGGUAAAAUGAGUAUAAUAUGUGACUGAAAAAAAAAAAAAGGAUUUUAUAAUCGGUACACCUCGUGCGAAUUAUGGAAAAAGGUUUUCUAUUUUUGGGACUGGUUCAAGUGGUGAUCGAAUGUGUUACGUUUUCAGUAAAAUUAAAAUACAGUAUUGAAGUCUACUUUCUAUUUAAACUACUUCUCGUUAGGGAAAUUCAGAAAUUAAAUGGUUAGCCGUAUAAACGGCCCUAUUCCAUGACGUGCCACUGGUGACAUCCCAUCUCAUUUGGAGGGGCCGGUUCGGGGGGGAGGGUGCUAUUCAAUGGUACUGCUCGUACAAGUUGUGCAACUAGUGUAGUUGAGUCUCAUUUGAGGUUUUAAGAAUGAAAGAAAAUAAAAAGGAAAAAAACUGAUUAAAUAAACAACUCAAUAAAAGACCGUUGCUGAGAUACGAAC